AGGUACAAAAGUAAAAACUAAAACCUAAACCGUCGAUAUUAUACUAACAUCGAAUGCUAUUUACUUGAAAGUUAUAAUAGUAAAUAAUUACCAUAUUGUAAUAUACAAAAUAAUACUGUUGUAACUUAUAAUAUGAUGUACCAAUUUACUUAAAUUUAAAGUUUUAACUUCUUGUUUCCGCCACCACUAAGCACUGAUCGCUGAACCAAGUACUAAAAUCGUACAAUCUAAUACCAAUUAUCAUUUACCAAUCUUGAUUACAAAACUAAUUGAUAAAAAUUACAUUGGUUAUUUGUUAUUUACUAAUUUAUAAAUCUAACUAAAAUUAACUCAAAGUAGCAGGCGAUAUUACAUACUAGUAGAUAUUUGUCUUUUAAUCUAUUCAAACUAAUUCUUAAAAAUAAACUUUUGUAUUAUGGAUUUAUUGGGAUCAAUAAUGAAGUCGAUGGAAAAACCACCGACAAUAGAUACUAAGGAAAAAAUAAAACAAAAAAAAGCUCAAGAAGCGUAUUUAAAACAGCAAAACAAAGAAAAGGCUAGAAUUGUGCAAUUCCGUGAAGAAACGGAGAAAAAAGUGACAAAAUUUGCUCAAGAUGAUCUGCAGACAAGAUUUAAAUUCCCUCCAUUAGAUCAAGUGCUACGAAAUAUAGUACGUGAAAUCGCUGAAGAUGCAGGUAUGUUAGCGUAUUCAUUUGGAGAAGAAGAAGUUGAUCGGUAUAUCAUAGUAUUUAAGAAAGAUUCACUGCCUUGCGAAGAUGAAUUAAAUGCAUUAAGAAAUGGUCAAGAAUGGAACGAAGACAUUGCUAAAAGACUUGUAGCUCAAAGAGAACAAGAGAAGAUAGAAGAAUUGCUGGACGAACAAAAACGUAUGUUGCAAAAAAGAACAAACCAAGAUAAGCCUAAGUACAAUUAUAAGGAAAAGUAUCAGCACUUGGUUGGUAUGGAAGCGGCGGAACAGGCAGCACGAAAAACUGAGACAAAUAAAACAUAUGGAUUUGUACCCAGUGAAAACAAGAAAGAUUUAAGAUCCAUUGAACAAACUCUAGCAGAUAUACGUGAAAAGAAGCGCAUGAAACUAGAAACUGAAAGUGCUAAGAACCAAUCAGAAUGAGUUAGAUGCCGCAACAAACUUCACCUAUGUAAUUUCUACACAACAUAAAUAUUUCCAAUUAAAGGAAAUUUUAGUUUGGAAAUAUUUUCAUAAUCAUUUAUUACAUAAACUAAAUAACGGUGACUAAUGAUCUUGGAUUCAAUAAAAAAUGUAAUAUUUUGAUUUUAUAGAAAAAACUAACAUAAUUCAUAAUGUAUAAAGAACAGUGAACCCAUAAUUGUCAUUCGUAAUAUUAAAAAUAAUGUUAACACUUAUCACUGCACUUAUUAGUUAUUAUUUACUGACAUAAAAGUUGCAAGCUUCGCUUUACUUAAAG